GUCGUAAAAUGACACGACGGUUCUGUCGCACAGGGGCCUAACGUAUUACGGACGAAAAUAUUAUUGUUCUAUGCGUCCGUCGUCGCAUUUGUUCUGUCGUUGGGUGCGUGAGUGGAUGUAAGAGCUAUCGAACGGUGCGAGACUCGAUCGGAACCACUGCCCUAAUUAACGCGAUCUCGCCGGUAAUUUCCGGAAGCGCCGCUCCUUUUCGAGACGCGCAGGGGUAUAUACUUACGUGGUGUGGUAGACAGAUUAAAUUAUCGUUAUUAAAUAAUUGAAUAACUCAUAUCCCGGCCUCGUCGUUUGAACGUCGUUUUUGAUAUCGUACCGAUUAUCCGAGGACUCGGUGAAUCGAUUUCCUUUCGCAUUACUGGAAUAUGAGAUGGCAAGAAUUGUAGCGUGCGCCUUGUUGGUUUGCCUGAGUGCGUUUUGUAGUAUAUUAAAUGCAGAUGAGAAUAGUGACAACAAUGCCAGUGAUGCAAUACAGAAACCGAUUUACAAGAGUCCAGAACCUUCCGGCUUUGCUCACUUAGCAGAACAUUUUGAUAAUGAGGAAAGAUUUAGGAAAUCAUGGAUAUUAUCAGAAGCAAAAAAAGAUGAUAUCGACGAAGAUAUCGCUAAAUACGAUGGGAUUUGGUCCAUCGAGGAACCCAAAAUGCAUGCCGAGGAUGGAGAUCUAGGACUAGUGCUUAAAAGUAAAGCUAGACAUGCUGCCGUUUCUACUUUAUUAUCUAAGCCAUUUUAUUUUGAAGACAAGCCCUUAAUUGUGCAGUAUGAAGUUAAUUUUCAAGAUGGACAGGAAUGUGGUGGUGCCUAUCUUAAGUUACUAACGUUAGAUGAUAAGCAUAAAGAUUUGAAACAGUUCCAUGAUAAGACACCGUACACCAUAAUGUUUGGGCCUGAUAAAUGUGGCAAUGAUCAUAAGCUUCAUUUUAUAUUUCGACAUAAAAAUCCAUUAAACGGUACAAUCACCGAGAAACACUGUAAAAAAGCCAAGGAUCGAUUAGAAGAUUAUUUCAAAGAUAAGAACCCGCAUUUAUAUACCUUAAUUGUGCGGCCUGAUAAUACUUACGAAAUCAAAGUAGAUAAUAAACUUCUAAAUUCGGGCUCAUUGAUGGACGAUUUUGUUCCUCCUGUAAAUCCACCUCUAGAAAUAGAGGAUCCAGAUGAUAAACAGCCUGAAGAUUGGGACGAUAGAGAAAAGAUUCCUGAUCCAUUGGCAGAAAAACCCGAAGAUUGGGAUGAAGAUGCUCCAGCACAGAUCGUCGACGAGGAAGAUAUUAUGCCAGAAGGAUGGCUCGAGGAUGAACCGCCCAUGAUACCGAAUCCAGAUUCGGUUAAGCCCGAUGAUUGGGACAUUGAGAUGGAUGGUGAAUGGGAAGCUCCGGAAAUACCAAAUCCAAAAUGUGCGGAUGUUCCAGGUUGCGGACCGUACAAGCAGAAAAUGAAAAAGAAUCCACGAUACAAGGGAAAAUGGUUGGCGCCGCUCAUCAACAAUCCGAAUUACAAGGGAAAAUGGAAGCCUAAACUCGUACACAAUCCUGAUUAUUUCAAUGAUGAACAUCCAUUCAAGAUGUUGCCAAUUAGCGCCAUUGGUUUUGAAUUAUGGUCGAUGUCUCCCGACAUAUAUUUUGAUAAUAUAAUUAUAACGGAUGAUGAGAAAGUUGCAAAGAAAUGGGCAGAUGAUACUUUUGAGAUUCGACGUGUUAAAAUUGCUGAGGAAAGUUGGAGUAUAUGGAGUCGGAUUGUCAAAUUUACUGCAGAUCAUCCAUGGAUAUGGGCAGUAUAUAUAUUGCUAACUGCAAUACCAGUAGUAUUUAUAAUGUAUUAUUGCUGCUUCUCCGAGGACAAAACAGAUUUUGAAAAAGAAGAUGAAAAGUCACUCUUAGAAAUGGUAGAUGAUCCCGAUGAAAUCAUAGAAAAUGAAAAUCAACAAUCUUUAAAUCCUGAGCUUGCUGAACAAAAACCUAUUAUAGAAGAAAUAGAAGAUAUAGAGAAAGAGACUGGAACAGAAGAAGUAAUAGAAAGUGAUAAGGAUACACCAUUAAUUAGUGGCGAAGGACCACGACGAAGAAAACCAAAUAAAGAAUAGGAAGAAGAAUAAUUAUAAAAAAAAAUUUAAUAAAAAUAUUAUCGCGCUAAGAUAUUUAUGUAAUACUAUCUUGUGUAACACAUUCCACAUUACACUUGCUACUGUGGAUAGUAGGGUUACCAGUCACUAGCAAAUUCAGUCACUGCAACAUGAUCGAUAGUAUUUAAUUUUUCGUCUAAGAAUAUUGACAUUUGAUAUCAUAUAUAAAGUCUCAUUAGUAUAUUUGAGAAAACUGUUUUCGGAUUAUACAUAUGUUUUUGUGUAAUGAGUGAUGUAUGAUGUAUCUGUACUCAAAAAUUUGCAAUGUUUGGAAUGUUUUUCGUUCAAGGACAAUGCCUUAAUAAUAUAGUAUUUAUGUGUUUUUAGCUGUGACAUGAAAUGUCAUAGCAUUAAAAAUAGUAUCUUAUUCUGUUUGUAUAUUUAAUGUUACACUGGGACAAAUUAUUAAGAAAUAGCAAAUAAGCUAAUAAACAUGAAACAUGUGUGAGUAUAAAA